UGUUGAUGCUGGUCAGUUGCUGAUAGCCUGUGGAGAGCAGCAUCUGCCAGCAACAGCACUGGAUGAUGGAAACACAAACACGGGCAGAACCUCUGUAAUGACUUGAGGAAGAUGCUGCAGCGGCUGUGAGACAAACCGAGCUUUUUUUUAAGUCCGUGUUAGCUUCAGCUACACCUGCCGUGGAUGAUUUUCUCGAUGGGUUGUGGAGGGAGUCGGGCGGACGCGAUCAUCGAGCCAAGAUACCAUGAAAGCUGGACCAGAGAAACAGAAUCGACGUGGCUAACCAAUACGGACGUAGAUACCCCUACAUCGGUUACAAACAGUAAAGCUGUGGAGGCCAAUCUGAGAGAGAAGAGGAUGGUGACUACAGGCACCCAGUGUGGAAAGCAGGCCCUUACCACCAAUGGCUCCAACCACCAGAGGAGACCCCGACGCUCCUUGACUGAUCAAAGUACACGUGACUCCAAAAGGAGGAUGUCAAAGGAGGCCAGCACUUUGUCCAAAGAUGGCCAGCCCACCAGUAUCAACAGCAGUGGCGAUUCUGAACCUGGAAAUGUGUGUGAUGAUAGAUGAAAGGCGAGCAGAGACACGGUGAAGAGGCAAAUGAACUGGAACUAUUCACCAGAAGAUGUGAUAGUUAUUUGCAGAAGUGUGCAGCUGCUGUUUGCUACUGACUUUGAAAAGUCCUAGCUGGUGAUGGCAGUGAUUGACAACAUAAGCACCUGCUUACGUCUCCAUCCAAAGAGCUCUGGAUGCUGCAUCAUUGUUGUGCCAUUGCAUGUGUAAAGAAGGGAGUGUUUAGCUGCACUCUCUACAAUGCUUUUCUCCAAUGCUCUUGGUACCAGUCAGGGAAUGUGUUGCUGUGUGAAGAUUGCUUUAAGAAAAAGAAAAAAAACGUAAAAAGAACAGAUUGUCCUAUAUGCACUUGAUAAUCGCAAUCUGCACAUCAAAUGUGUUCUGUGGGGCCUUUCUGAACAAUUUGCUUUAGUUCUUUGUGCGAGUAUACUCCUAUUAUUGUUAGUAUGGGAACCACUAAGGAUGCUGUUUAACCUCAGUCAGUGCUGUGAGUAAUUUCCAUUUAAAAGAACCUGAAGUGCUGUUUAGAAGCUGAGAUUUGGUUAUUUGAAGAUCAAAGGCUAAAGACUAUCUUUAUAAAGCCUUUGCAAGAUAACAAAAAGAACAACUAAACCCGCAUGUGCCUACAAUUAGUCUUAAUUUAAACUGCUUUUGUUGUAACUUAUUUGUUUUUAAAAUGUGUAUUUACUGUGUUCUGUUCUCUUUUAUUCUCCAGUUUUUACACAUGAUACACUUCAUUAUUUGACACAAUACGUUGUAGCUAAGUUAUUUUGGGGGCUGACAGUUAUGUGCAUGUAUAAAUUAAUUUAAUAUUGUUUUGUCAUUAAAUGUAGGAAAUCUCUGCCCUAACAUUACUGAUAAGAAGCAUUUUGAAAUAAAAAAAAAAGUGGCUUAUUCA